GCAAGUACAACUUGACACUUGAAUACAUUUCGAAUUUCCUCGAAAGUGUUGGCGUAAACUGUCUGACUGCAGGUUGUAAUGCAUGCACUGUGACAGGCGACAAGCUUUGAGCAGAAAUCAAAAAGCACAAGAUGAAGACAGUUUUAAUGGUAGCAGAGAAGCCAUCUCUUGCCCAAUCCAUCGCGAAAAUUUUGUCAGGAGGACAAGUGAAUAGCAGAAAGGGGUUUAACGGAGCAUGUUCAAUCCACGAGUACAAGGGAAGGUUCCCUCCUACAGGAGAGACGGUAUCGUACAAAAUGACGUCGGUGUGUGGACAUGUGUAUGGUCUGGACUUCAUUGGAAAGUAUAACAGCUGGGAUAGAGUUGAUCCAGUUGAGUUAUUUACAGCACCAACUCAGAAGAAAGAAGCAACAGAGAAAUUGCGCAUGCCAAAUUUUCUGGAGAAGGAGGCUAGAGGUGUUGACUAUUUGGUUCUGUGGCUUGAUUGUGAUAAAGAAGGAGAAAACAUUUGCUUUGAAGUGAUGGACUGUGUCAAAUCAAGCAUGAAUCGUUAUUCAGAACAGUUUGUGUACAGAGCAAAGUUCAGUGCUAUUACAGACAAGGACAUCAAGAGCGCCAUGUCUAAUCUGAUUACUCCGAACAAAAACGAGGCUUUAUCUGUCGACGCCAGACAGGAGUUGGACCUAAGAAUCGGCUGUGCUUUCACUCGCUAUCAGACAAAAUUUUUCCAGGGAAAGUAUGGCGACUUGGACAGCACCCUGAUAUCCUAUGGUCCCUGCCAGACCCCCACCCUGGGGCUUUGUGUGGACAGACAUGAUAAGAUACAAUCCUUUAAACCUGAACCCUACUGGGUUGUUCAAGUGAAGCUGGAUUUACCAGAAGGGAGAAGUGUUGCCAUUGACUGGGAUAGGCUGAGAGUGUUCGACAAAGAGGUGGCUCAGAUGUUUGUCAGUAUGAUCAAAUCUUCUGAUUCUGCAAGAGUUCUGAAAGUUACCCAGGAUGUGAAGAGUAAAUCAAAACCACAAGCUCUCAAUACAAUAGAAAUGCUGAGGGCAGCAAGUUCAGGAUUAGGCAUGGGUCCCCAGCAUGCUAUGCAGAUUGCCGAGAGGUUGUACACGCAGGGAUUCAUUAGCUAUCCUAGAACAGAAACCACGCAGUAUCCAGAGAACUUCGACCUUGUUGGUACACUAAGGCAGCAGUCCUCCAAUUCUUUGUGGGGAGACUAUGUGCAGAAUCUACUGAGGGAGGGAAUUCAUAAACCAAGGAAGGGUUCAGAUGCGGGAGAUCACCCUCCAAUCACUCCAAUGAGGCCUGCAACAGAGGCGGAGCUAGGCCAUGAUGCCUGGAGAUUGUACGACUUCAUCACUAGACACUUCAUUGGAACUAUUUCUCCUGAUUGUAAGUAUCUACAGACCACAGCUUUCUUUGAGAUCGGUGCCGAGGGAUUUAGUUGUACUGGUUAUCGGGUCACUGACCCAGGGUUCACAGCGGUCAUGUCCUGGAAAGCACUGGACGAUGAGUGGACACUGCCAGAAUUCAAGAAGAACACCAACUAUGAUAUAGCAGAGGUGAAGAUGGUGGAGAAACAGACUAGCCCUCCUGAUUACCUGACCGAAGCCGAACUGAUCUCUCUGAUGGAGAAACAUGGCAUUGGAACAGACGCCAGCAUCUCGGUACACAUCAACAACAUCUGUGAGAGAAACUAUGUCUCGGUCACCAGUGGACGGCGACUUGUACCUACACCACUGGGCAUUGUCCUGGUCCAUGGAUACCAGAAGAUUGACAUCGAGUUGGUGUUGCCCACCAUGAGAUCUGCAGUGGAGAAGCAGCUGAACCUGAUAGCGCAAGGGAAAGCCUAUUUUGAUGAUGUCCUAAAGCAUGCUCUGAACAUCUUCUGCUUGAAGUUUAAAUUCUUUGUUGAAAACAUUUGUGGAAUGGAUGAACUUUUUGAAGUUACCUUUUCUCCAUUGGCUGCAACUGGAAAACCUCUGUCCAGAUGUGGAAAAUGCAGACGUUACAUGAAAUAUGUACAAGCAAAACCAAGCAGACUACACUGUUCUACUUGUGAUGAAACCUACUCACUGCCACAGAACGGCAAUAUCAAGUUGUAUAAAGAACUCCGAUGUCCUUUGGAUGACUUCGAACUCAUUUUAUGGACAACUGGUGCCAGAGGAAAGAGUUUUCCCCUAUGCCCCUACUGCUUCAACAAUCCGCCAUUCCCAGAUAUGCGUAAACAGUUUGGAUGUAACCAGUGCACCCACCCCACCUGUCAGCACUCCCUGACCCAGCACGGGGUGUGCGAGUGCGUGGAGUGCGAGACUGGCAUUCUCGUGUUGGACCCCACAUCAGGCCCAAAAUGGAGAAUGGCUUGCAACAAAUGUCAGGUGGUGAUCAACUUUUUUGACAAUGCUCACAGAGUGAGCGUCUCAGAAGAGAUUUGUGAUGACUGUGGUGCACACAUUGUAGAUGUAGAUUUCAGCAAGGACAAGACCCCAUUGCCCGACAAGGAGACGAAGCAUUCAGGCUGUGUGUUCUGUGACUCUAUUUUUAAAAGCCUGGUAGAAAAACACCAUGCCAUCAUCCGUCGCAGAAGGCCAGGUGGGGGCCGGGGCAGGGGGCGUGGUGGAAGGGGGAGGGGCAGAGGGCGUGGCAGACCCAAACCAAAGGACAAAAUGGCACAGCUGGCUGCAUAUUUCGUUUGAUAAUUAUGGCAAUUAAAUGUGUUAGCAUCCAUGUCAUUAUGAUGUUAUUAUAAUGUGCAUAUAUAGAAUAAAAUGUGUUCAUGGCA